AUGUAUUUUUAUAUAUUGUUUAUUUUCAUUCAUUCACAAGGUUUUGAAUUGUUCAUUGAAAAGGAUAAAUAAUAUUUGAUAGCAAAUGAGAAGAAAGUUGAUACUCUAUUUAAAAUGGAAUCCUUAGAUCAAACUUAAUGUCAUCCUGCAAAAUUAUAUUUAGAAAAAUCAAAUGAAAAACAUAGUUAAUUUGUAUUCCUCAACAAUCAAUAAGAACAGAUUUCUAUUACAAUGAACCCUUUAGUCUUUGAUGCGGAUGUUUUGAAUAUUUCUUAAAACUCGAAAAAAAAAGCAUUUGUAAUAGAGCCAAAUUAACAAGAAUAAUUUAUAAUCACAUAUGAAUGCAAGCCAUAAAAAGAUUAAAUUUCAUGGAGUUUAAUAAUACUUAAUUUUACAGUAUUUGUAGAUUAAAAUAAUUCUCAAUCCUAUUCAAUUUAAUUCUACAAACAAUGCCAAUAGACAGAAUAAUAUUUGCACCCAUUAAUAAUGUUGUUAUUUUUAGCAGUAUCAUUAAUAAUAAUAGGCACCAAUUAUGGAUUAUAAGAAGUUAAAAUAAUUGAAUCAAUGAAAAAUGAAGAAUUCAAUGCAAAGACAUCUGUGUCAUUUAUUUUUUCUGCAAGUAUUUUGUUAUUUUGCCUAUAUAAAUUUCCAUCAAUAGGAUAAAUAGUUUUGAGUAUAGUGAUAUUUUUUAUGGCAAUAUUGAGUAUUCAAAUAAUUAUAGAAGAUUAGUUGCUAAAGUUCUUGGGAAAAUAUUUAUUGUUAAAGAUUAUUUCAUACUCCAUCAGCUUAAUUAUUGUAGUCUCGUAUUUUUACACUAAACAUUGGAUAAUUAAUAAUAUAGUAGCAUUUCUAAUUACACUUUUGAUGUUCAAAAUUAUUGAAAUUGAUAGUUUUAAAACUUCUACAAUCUUGUUAAGUCUAUCAUUCUUUUAUGACAUAUUUUGGGUGUUCAUAAGUCCUGUACUUUUUGGAACAUCUGUUAUGGCAUAAGUAGCUACAUCCAUAGAUUUGCCGAUGAAAUUUAUAUGCCCUCCUUUGAUGAAAUCAUACAAUUCUCCCUUAAUGAAAUGUUCCAUACUUGGUUUAGGUGAUAUUUUAUUACCGGGAAUAGUGAUCAAAUACAUUUUAAAAUUUGAAAACAUGUUAAACAAAGGGCAUUGUAUGUAUAUUACAUCAAUAAUUGGGUAUUGUAUUGGAUUGUUAGUUUGUAUGCUUUCGUUAGUGAUAUACUAAUAAGCACAACCAGCUUUAUUAUAUUUAGUUCCUUUCAUAUUGAUACCUGUGUUAAUAGUUAGUGCGAUAAGAAAACAAUUUUAUUCGUUGUGGAUUGGAUAGAUAUUUAGAUCUUAGAAAUCAGCUGGAGUUUAUGAAUUGUAAUAGAGUGAGUAAGUUUGA